GGAUGGUCAUGUGAGCUUGAGUAUAAGAUCCGGCCCGACCCGGUAGCCCGAUAAUACUCCCUUAAAAAACCGAGAAACCCAUACUUCACUCUGUCGAGUCGCUACACUGUCACACACCAGACAUACAUUUGCACAACGAUGGCGACAUUGAGGAACUUGAAGAUAAAGACAUAGACAUGCAAGAGAAUAGUGAAAGAGCUUCACUCCUACGAGAAAGAUGUUGAAAAAGAGUCUGCUAAUGAAGGCAAAAGGCGCUGAUCCAUAUGUUCUCAAACAGCAGGAAAAUGUGCUGUCUGAAUCUAGGAUGAUGGUUCCCGACUGCCGCAGGCGUCUAGAGGCUGCUCUAAGUGAUCUUAAAGCCACUUUGGUAAUCUUUCAUGCUUUAAGUGCUGACAUAAACAACUUAUCUGCUGAUGAAAUUUCAUCUUGGCGGUCGUAUAUCUGUUAUUCUGUUACCAUGUUGAUAAGUCGUAUUCUAGGCCUCGGUUACUGGUCAGUAUGACAGGUUUAAAUGAUUAUAUUUGCAAAGCAGUUGCUCAAAGUGUGCAGGAUAAGUGUUCUGACCAGUAGGGAAGUUCCGGAGUGU